AUGUACGGAAGUGCGCGAACAGUCGGGCACAUCGAGGGCAGCCCUGCACGGUCCCCGCGCCUGCCCAGGUCCCCACGACUGGGUCACAGGAGGGCAAACAGUGGGGGAGGGGGAGGUGGCAAGACUCUUUCCAUGGAAAACAUCCAGUCCUUAAACGCAGCUUAUGCUACAUCCGGCCCCAUGUACCUUAGCGAUCAUGAGGGUGUUGCCUCAACAGCCACAUACCCAAAAGGCACUAUGACUCUUGGCCGAGCCACUAGCAGGGCCAUGUACGGUGGCCGUGUCACUGCAAUGGGCAGCAGCCCCAACAUUGCUUCUGUAGGACUGCCUCAUGCUGACCUGCUCUCCUACAGCGAUCUAGGCUCACUCUCCUUGUUGCACCACCACCACCAGGGCACGCCAUCAGCGCUGCUGCGGCAGGUGGUGCGGGGUGGUGGGGGAGAGUUGCUGGAGCUACAGGCCCAGCUCAGAGAAAUGCAACGGGAGAACGAGCUGCUCAGACGAGAGCUGGACCUGAAAGACAGCAAGUUGGGCUCGUCCACAAACAGCAUCAAGAGCUUCUGGAGUCCUGAGCUAAAGAAGGAGCGUGUGAUGAGGAAAGAGGAGGCUGCACGUACCUCGGUCCUCAAGGAGCAGAUGAGGGUCACCCAUGAGGAGAACCAGCUGUUGGAUGCCCGGAGAACUAAGCACCUCCAGCUGACAAUCCAGGCCCUGCAGGAUGAGCUACGGACUCAGCGGGAUUUGAACCACCUGUUGCAGCAGGAGAGCGGAAACCGGGCAGGAGGAGCCGAGCACUUCACCACCAUCGAGCUGACCGAGGAGAACUUCCGUCGGCUGCAGGCCGAGCAUGACCGGCAGGCCAAAGAGCUCUUCCUCCUGAGGAAGACGCUGGAGGAGAUGGAGCUACGCAUCGAGACGCAGAAACAAACGUUAGGUGCCCGGGAUGAGUCCAUCAAGAAGCUUCUGGAAAUGCUACAGAGUAAAGGCCUGCCGCCGGCCACGGGUCGAGCCACUGAGGAAGAGGAGCAGGAGAGGGCUCGUCGUAUUGCUGAGGCAGAGGCCCAGCUCAGCCAUCUGGAGGUGAUCCUGGACCAGAAGGAGAAGGAGAACAUCCACCUGCGGGAGGAAUUACAUCGGAGAAACCAGUUGCACCAGGACCCUGGCAAAACUAAAGCCCUCCAGACCAUUAUAGAGAUGAAGGAUACCAAAAUUGCGUCUCUGGAGCGCAACAUAAGGGACCUGGAGGACGAGAUCCAAAUGCUUAAGGCAAACAGCUUAUUAAACACAGAGGACCGGGAAGAGGAGAUAAAACAGAUGGAGGUCUACAAGAACCAUUCAAAGUUCAUGAAGACAAAGAUUGACCAGUUGAAACAGGAGCUUUCUAAGAAGGAGUCAGAGCUUCUUGCACUACAGACUAAACUGGAAACACUCAACAAUCAGAACUCAGAUUGCAAGCAGCACAUUGAAGUUCUCAAAGAGUCCCUCACUGCCAAGGAACAACGUGCUGCUAUUCUGCAAACAGAGGUGGAUGCUCUUAGACUGCGUCUAGAGGAGAAGGAGUCUUUCCUGAACAAGAAAACCAAACAGCUACAAGAUCUCACAGAAGAAAAGGGGACUCUGGCUGGGGAAAUUCGGGAUAUGAAGGACAUGCUAGAGGUCAAAGAGAGGAAGAUCAAUGUCCUGCAGAAGAAAAUUGAGAACCUCCAGGAGCAGUUAAGAGACAAAGACAAACAGCUGGGAAACCUGAAGGACAGAGUGAAAUCUCUACAGACAGACUCCAGCAAUACUGACACUGCUCUGGCCACCUUGGAGGAGGCACUGUCUGAGAAGGAAAGAAUCAUUGAACGACUGAAGGAACAGCGAGAGAGAGAAGACAGAGAGAGACUGGAGGAGGCAGAGUCUUAUAAAAAAGAGAACAAAGAAUUAAAGGAGAAAGUCAACAGCCUGCAGGUGGAGCUGACAGAGAAAGAGUCUAAUCUAAUUGACCUAAAAGAGCAUGCCUCAUCACUGGCCUCCUCUGGUCUGAAAAAGGACUCCAAGCUUAAGUCGCUUGAGAUUGCCAUUGAGCAGAAGAAAGAGGAAUGUAGUAAGUUGGAGACCCAGUUACAAAAGCAAGCAGAGCAGCUGUUCAGUCAGAUGAACAACCCUAAGGCACAUGAGGUGGAGCAACAGAGUUCCCGUGGCAACCCUGAAUAUGUGGACCGGGUCAAACUCCUAGAGAAGGAGGUGUCCUUCUAUAAGGAAGAGUCUGGCAAGGCCCAAGCUGAAGUAGAGAGACUGCUGGAGAUCCUCCGAGAAGUGGAGACAGAGAAAAAUGACAAGGACAAGAAGAUUGCUGAGCUGGAGAGCCUUGCUCCCAGGCAGGGCAAGGACCAAAACAAGAAGGGCCCAAAUCUCAAGCUUGGCCCACAAGGGGACAAGAAGGGUAGUGGACAGAUCCUGCAAGACUCUCGCAAGGAUAAUCCCAUGGACAACCCCAAGAUGGAGGAACUGAUGAAUGUGUUGGAGAAGACCCGGCAGGAACUGGAAGCUACUAAGCAGCGGCUCUCCUCCACCCAGCAGUCUUUGGCAGAGAGAGACGGUCACCUGACCAACCUGAGGCAAGAGCGCAGGAAACAGCUGGAGGAGAUUCUUGAAAUGAAACAACAAGCUCUGCUAGCAGCUAUCAGUGAGAAGGAUGCUAACAUUGCCUUACUAGAGCUGUCCUCAUCUAACAAGAAAAAGACCCAGGAGGAAGUGAUGGCACUGAAGAGAGAGAAAGACAGACUGAUGCAUCAACUCAAACAACAGACACAGAGUAGGAUGAAGCUGAUUGCAGACAACUAUGAAGAUGACCACUACCAUCCCCACCCCCCCCACCAUGUCCAACCGCAACCGCCUCAUCCUCAGCCCCAGCCCCAGCCUCAAUAUCCACACGCCCCCCACCCUCAGCAGCCUCCCUACCCUCACGUGCCACACCCACAACACCCUCAGCCUCCCCUCCAACACCCGCACCCCCAACCACCACAACCUCAGUACCCCCACCCCCCUCAACCGCAACACCCUCAGCCCCCCGGUCCACACCAGCACCCUCCACGGCCUCAGCAGAUCCAGCAUCCCCACCCGCAACACCCCCACCCUCAACACCCUCAUGGCCCACCCCCGCAGCAGCACCCGCACCCUCAGCACCCCCACCACCCCACACAUCCCGGUCCACACGCUCAACACCCGCGCCAUCCGCCCCCGCAUCAUCGAGGCCCCGCCCGCGGCCCUCCCCACCCUGGACAUCGCCCCUCACCGGAUCAGGAUGAUGAGGAAGGCAUUUGGGCAUAA